CGGUUGAACUCCGUUUCGAUUCCGUUUAACCAUUUUUGAACAAGGGCGACACCUACUGGUGUAUGGUGGAACCUUGGUGACAUUUCGCCGCGAUUCGCCGAAACGGCUUUGCGAUGGUUGUGUGAGUGCAAAGUGUCAAAAACCACGUCACGACGGUGAAGGACGGUUAAUUUUGGACUUGUCGCAUCAAGUUCGUCCGUUUCUUGCGUAAAAUUGGUUCCCUUAUAAUGGUCUUCCACCCAAAAUCCUCUUCCCAAGCCGUAGCAGAUUCUUCAACGCAAGCCCUCCUCCACUGGGGGCAGCAGAAGCAGCCGCUGCUGUUGAACUUUUGCUGCUUUUUAGGAGACUUCGUUGACGAGCUGCCCCAAGUACGCCCCAGUACGACGCCAAGGCCGUCGGAAACCGGCAAAGGAACCUCCAGGAAACUACCUCCAGUUGAUUUGGAAUCGGCGAGUGUCCGGUUGCUGGUGGCGGCCGCUGCCCAUCAGGAAGAAGCGUUGGAUCGCCGGCACCACGUUGAUCACCACCCCAGUCAGUUGAUGACAACGUCGCGAUGACCAGGCCGUUGCUGGGGAACCUGCUGCAGAACGAAAGCGCCAGUUCACAGAAGUCUAGCAGCUGGAGGACCAAAGCUUAGCGGAUCCAAAGCCGGAAAAGGACCAGCUGCCUGAUGCAAACCGACUGGAGAAACUCCGCGAACCGUCCAGAUAUUGCCAGCCAAAAUGGUCAAAGGUCGUGGAGCUGCGGGAGUAGGCCGAUCGGUUAACUCGUGGUUGCCCCAAUGAGUUAGUGCAGAUAACGAAUAUUGGAGCCGAUGUUCGUGACCCGAUUCUAAAAACAGAUUCCGCGUAGUGGUUCCGGAAUGUUCCCGGGAUGGUAGAAAAGAUCUGCAUAAUUUUGGUCACGGUGUACUUUAUUUUAAAAUCUCUUUAUGAAAUUAAACAUAAUUUUAGGGGUUUAUUGGGUUUGGGCUUUGUUUUUAUUUUUUACUUUGUAAAUAAAAUGUUUUAAACCUUAGAAAACACUCAGGCAUUUUUUCUGGUUGAAUACUAAUUCAACCAAAACAAGAAAAGAAAACCAGAAUGAAAAAAGAAGAAGAAGAAGCAGCUGUCAAAAACAACCCGUCCAUUCCGUUUCGAUUCCGUUUGAAUUCCGCUUAAACCGAUUUGCGGCGAAAACUCAAACGGAACCGGUUGUUGCGUUUGAAACGGAAUGCGGUUUAGAAUCUAAAACGAACACUGUUUAGAAUUCGAAUCGAACUUUUUUCGCUCAAGCGGAAUUCUAAACGGAAUUCAAACGGAACGAGCUGAGUGGG